AUGGUUCUGGCUGCUGUUGGUGGGGAUCCAGCAUCUAUCGUGUACAUUGAGCGGUACUGCUUGGCCAGUGCUUCCGCUUUACCUUCGUCGGUGUCAACCACGUCAACUCUAUCAAUCAACGCUGGGAUACCAGCUCUAGCUCUCGUGCUCCGCUUUAGAGGUUGUAGCCUGCACUGGUGGUCCGAAACGCUUCCCAAGCGCGGUUUCGGCACCGGAUUAAUCGUUGCAGUUCAGGAUCAAACCAUGGUGGCCCAAUUGUUCGCGGUCUGUUGCGAGUUGCUGAGGCGAAUGUGUCAGUUAGGUGGAGAAUACCAUCCCGAAUGCGUUCCCAAACCAACUAUAAGUCGUUCACGUCACGGGAGAUCGGUGGGAGCCACGGCACAGCCAUGGCGGCUGCCCGUGCCGAGUCAAACUGUGUGCGCCAUACAUUUCGACCUCUAUGUAGUUCCAGAGGUGCUUGGGAAGGAUUCUGCCAACGAAUAG